UUGAGUCAUAAUUUCUCUAUUUACUGUCAGUUUGUGUUUUAUAUGUCUGUUUUUUUCUCAUUUUCAGCUUUAUUUCUGUAAAUGUGUGUCUCAUUUUAAUAGUUUUGUCUCUCAGUUUGACUAAUUGUUGUAGUUUUGUCUCAGUUUGUCUCAUGUAGAAUGUAGUUUUCAAACAUGAAAACCUGCUCUGACUGGGGGUUUGAGGCUCAGAGAUGAAACUGUAAAUGACUCCUUAGUUUUUCUUCAUAUUCCAACUCCCCCAUAAUCAGAACUGAUUCCAUCUGCUUGUCCAACAUUCCAGAUCCUGAAUCAGUGGUUAGAAAUCAGAGUGAAAGUGGUGGACGGUCAGUUUGUGGCUGCUGGAGGAAGCAGUGUGUUGAUCAGAAGCUGCAGUUUGUGACUCUGCUGCUCCUUCAGUCAGGUUUUAAUUAGACUCAGUCCAUUUGUUGGUCUUUAACAGGAAAAAGGUUGAAUGUUGAAAUAAUCCGUCACAUGAAAUGAGUGGGAAUCAGCCUGUAAAAUGUGCUCUUAUUGUGAAAGUCUGCCUGCUGCUUCCUCAUAGGUGGAGUCCUGACUGGUUCCAGGAAACAGAUCACCUGUCUGAGCGUCCAGGAGUGGACUGGAAACUUUCUUCUUCUUCUUCAGCGCUUUGAAUAAAGUGGAGACACGAUGACGUCAGAGGUGCUCUUGAACAUCCUGGAUGAUCUGGAUGAUGAUCAGCUGUCUAAAUUCCAGUGGUUCCUGCAGAAACCCAACAAUGUUCAAGGCCUCCCAGCCAUCACAAAGAGCCGACUACAGACACUAGACAGGUGUAAAACUGUGGAUGUGAUGGUGGAGACUUAUGGACUUCAGAGAGCUGUGCAGGUGACCAGGGUGGUUUUAGAGAAGAUCUCCAGGAAUGAUCUGCUGCAGAGGUUUCCUGCCAGCAGCUCAGGACCAGAAGAUGAGACUGUUCCGGUACCAGAACCACGUCCCAUCAGAUAUUACCAACAGAAGCUUCAGUCAAACUUCCAGGACACGUUUAAGGUUACAACAGAGGGGUGGGCAUCAGAUGAGCAGCUUUUUGUUGAUAUCUACACAGAGGUGUACAUCACAGCUGGCCAGGACGUGCACGUCAACACACAGCAUGAGGUCCUACAGAUUGACAAGGUAUGGAAGCCAUCAGACACAGAGACACAGAUCCAACCCAGAGACAUUUUCAAGCAUCCUUCUGGAAAAGACAUACCCAUCAGAACAGUGCUGACCAAUGGGAUUGCUGGGAUUGGAAAAACAUUCCUCGUGCACAAGUUUGUGUUGGACUGGGCCAAAGAAAGAACUAAUCAAGACGUGCAUCUUAUUUUCCCAUUCACUUUCCGUGCCCUGAAUUCACUGCAGGGAAAAGAGUUUGGUUUGGCAGAGCUCAUUCAUUUCUGUAUCCCAGAAACUAAAGACGUCACAGUGGAGGCUCUGAAUUACAUCUUUACAGCUCUGCAGUCAUCAGGAACCAGCAGCUACAAGAAGAGCAGAUUCAAACUGCUGUUUGUGUUUGAUGGACUGGACGAGAAUCGCCUUCAUCUGGACUUUGAUGUCAACAACAUUCCCUCCGUGGACGUAACAAAGUCAACUAAAAUAGAAGUCCUGCUGAGGGAACUUAUCAGUGGAAAACUGUUGCGUUCAGCUCGCCUCUGGAUAACCACACGACCUGCAGCAGCCAAUCAGAUCCCUCAAAACCUCGUCAACACUACAACAGAGGUCAGAGGUUUCACCGACCCACAGAAGGAGGAGUACUUCAGGAAGAGAUCCAGAGAUGAGGAGCAGGCCAGCAGCAUCAUCUCCCACAUGAAGACGUCACGAAGCCUCCACAUCAUGUGCCACAUCCCAGUGUUCUGCUGGAUCACUGCUACAGUUCUGGAGGAGCUGCUGGAAACCAGAGAGGGAGGAGAUCUGCCCAGAACCCUGACUGAGAUGUACACAGAGUUUCUAAGAUUUCAGAUUGAUCACACAAAAGAAAAGUAUGGUCCAAAGAAACGCAUUCAGUACAUUAAGUCAUUAGCUAAACUGGCUUUUGAACAGCUGCAAAAGGGCAACCUGAUCUUCUAUGAGAAAGAUCUGAGAGAAAGUGGCAUCGAUGUGAGUGAAGCCUCAGUGUACUCAGGAGUGUUCACAGAGAUCUUCAAAGCAGAGCGAAGACGGAAACAGGAAAACAAGGUGUUCUGCUUCGUCCAUCUGAGUGUUCAGGAGUUUCUGGCUGCUCUUCAUGUUCAUCUGACCUUCAUCAACUCUGGAAUCAGCCUGGUGGAAGAACAACAACAAACAACAUCCCAUUGGUCUGAAAUGUUCCAAAGUUACUCAACAGGUUUCUACCAGACAGUUGUGGACGAGGCCUUACAGAGUCCAAACGGACACCUGGACUUGUUCCUGCGCUUCCUCCUGGGUCUGUCACUGCCGACCAAUCAGAAUCUCCUACGAGGCCUGCUGACACAGACAGGAAGUAGCUCACAGACCAAUCAGAAAACAGUCAAGUACAUCAAGAAGAAGAUCAGUGGGAAUCUGUCUGCAGAGAGAAGCAUCAAUCUGUUCCACUGUCUGAAUGAACUGAACGAUGUUUCUCUAGUGGAGGAGGUCCAACAGUCCCUGAGAUCAGGACGUCUGUCCACAGAUAAACUGUCUCCUGCUCAGUGGUCAGCUCUGGUCUUCAUCUUACUGUCAUCAGAAGAACAUCUGGACGUGUUUGACCUGAAGAAAUACUCUGCUUCAGAGGAGGUUCUUCUGAGGCUGCUGCCAGUGGUCAAAGCCUCCAAGAAAGUUGUACUUAAUAACUGUAAUCUGUCAGAGAGAAGCUGUGGAGCUCUGUCCUCAGUCCUCAGCUCCCAGUCCUCCAGUGUGACAGAGCUGGACCUGACUAACAACAACCUGCAGGAUUCAGGAGUGGAGAGUCUUUCUGCUGGACUGGAGAGUCCACACUGUAAACUGGAAGCUCUCAGGCUGUCAGGCUGUCUGGUCACAGAGGAAGGUUGUGCUUCUCUGGCCUCAGCUCUGAGCUUCAAGACCUCAAAUCUGAGAGAGCUGGACCUGAGCUACAACCAUCCAGGAGACUCAGGAGAGAAGAUGCUGAGAGCUAAAGUGGAGGAUCCAGACUGUAGACUGGAAACUCUCAGGGUGACGCCUGCUGGAGUCCGAUGGUUGACACCAGGUCUGAGGAAGUAUUCCUGUCAACUCACAGUCGACACAAACACAGUAAACAGAAAACUCAAACUGUCUGACAACAACAGGAAGGUGACACAUGUGGACGAGGAUCAGUCGUAUCCUGAUCAUUCAGACAGGUUUGACUACUGGGAACAACUGCUGUGUAGAACUGAUCUGACUGGUCGCUGUUACUGGGAGGUCAAGUGGAGAGGAAGGGUUCAUAUAUCGGUGAGUUACAGAGGAAUCAGAAGGAAAGGAGACAGUGAUGACUGUCUGUUUGGAGGUAAUGAUCAGUCCUGGAGUCUGUUCUGCUCUGAUGUUGGUUACUCUGUCUAUCACAAUAACAGUCAAACAUCCAUCAGUUCCUCCUCAGUCUCUGACAGAGUUUCAGUUUAUGUGGACGUUCCUGCUGGAACUCUGUCCUUCUACAGAGUCUCCUCUGACUCUCUGAUCCACCUCCACACCUUCAACACCACAUUCACUCAACCUCUCUAUCCUGGAUUUGGGUUCUGGGGGUCCAGGUCUUGUUCCUCAGUGUUUCUGUGCUGAGUUGAGUCUCCAGAGUCUCCUCCUGGUAGAGAAACAGUGUUGAACAGAUAGUUGAGUCUCUCCAUGACUCUGUCCCUCAGAAACAUGUUUCCACAUUCAUGGAUUAAAUGUGUUUCUUUGUGAAAUCCUUCUAAAUGAUUCCUUGUAAACUUGUUCCUCUUCAAAGAUGGAAGUUGUGAUUAUUCCAGGAGCCAAAUGUGGUGUUUGCGUCUUUUUCCAGUCAAAUGUUGAGAGUGAAAAUCAGGAUGUGGUGUUUCCUCUGAUGCUCACUUGAACUAAAAGCAUUUGAGCUGCACAAAGUGUGAAAUGAGAGAGGAAGCAGUGAAUCUACAAACUGCUGACAGACUUUCACACAUUAUUGUCCAGUGAAAAUCAGGUUUUUGUGCAGCCAGACUUGAUCCUGAUUUGAGUGUUUCAGUCCUGUUCUAGUGAUGAAAUGAGAACUUCCUUCAUCUUGUGUGUGAUGGAGAAGAAUAAAGGGCUGUGGCUAAAAA